UCUACCAUUAUUAUUAAUAUUUUUAUUCUCCAUGGACAUCAUAAAAAGCUUAAAACAGUGUGAUCUUUGGUGGCCCUUUACAACCCUAACAACAGCAGUGACACAUCUAAAUUACUAUCAGAAGGAACCUUGGAGAAGAAUAUUACAUCUGGCACAACCACCGGGAGGAGUACAAACCUCUUUAAGUACACUGAGUAUGGCAUCAUACUUUGAUGAACACAACUGCAUUCCUCUGGGAUCAGGGCAAACGCCGGACCACUUCUUACACUUUGCUCGGCUACUGCUACAUGGGGGAUACUGGCAGGAUUUGCAGCUGGAAUUUACACAACUCUUUGGAUAUGAUGAGAGGCCCCCACCUCCAACCUCAAAAGAAUUUAUUGAAAAACUGAAUACUGUAACUGCAACCAAAGGUGGUCAAUGCCCUGUGUGCCUCAAGGAAUGGACUGAAGGAGAGGAAAUGAAAGAACUGCCUUGUAAACACAGCUUUCAUUCAUCAUGCAUCUUACCAUGGCUAAAGAAGGUACAGUAGGAGAAAAUUUUGAACUUU